GGCAAGUUCAAAUCAAUUCCAUUCCUCAAUUCCGGGUUCGCAAUCUCGAGUGACUGUUUGUUUAGGUUGACUUAAGUUUACCCAAAGAUUUUCACCCCUGUCAAAGAAGGCAGCUGCCUACCAUUUAUACUCCAUUUUACCGGAGGAGUUGACUUCAUCGCCAUUAAUAUGAACUUCAUUACAAUCCAGGCGGAGUAUAUUUUUAUAUGUAUAAUAAUAAUAAUAAUAAUAUAGUCUGUCGUCUUCUCGAUCAGGGGCAGAGCCUUCUUCAGUUCAUCUCAUCCUCUUCAUUCAUUCACAUCUACUGGAAAAGGUAAAAUCAUCAACCGACCAAGAUGUGGGCCGAUCUUCUUCUACAGGCUGCUCUUAUUUUGUUCGCCAUCGUCAUGUUUCUCUCUAUGCACAACAUCCCUCAGACCAUCUUCGCCAAGCUCCGCACUCGGAGCCAAUCGCGCACCAUCCAAGCCAGGCGCCACUUCGUCUUGGGCGCGCAGCGCCUGGAUCGAGCCAGGUCCGGAAAGGAGCUGUCGUCGUCGAUGAGAAUCUCGCUCGCCAAGUCAGCCGAGGAAGAAGCCGACCGAGCAAUCGGGCUCGACAUCAAGGACGCGGCGCCUCACUUGCUCAAGGCCAUGGCUCUCGAGGUCCAGGGAUUCAAAACCUCCGCCAUAGGCGCGAUGGAUGUCGCGCUGUCUCCGCUGGCGGCGAAAUCGCUCAGCGAAUCCGAGAGGGCGGAGGCGCUGCACAAGCGGGCGGCGCUGAGGAUCGCGACGAGUCAGGACGGGGAACUCGACUCGGCUAUUGCGGACCUGGUCGACGCGGUCCGGUUGAAGGGGGAUGACGUCAAGGCGAGGUGUCUGUUGGGAGAGUGCUAUGAAAAGAAAGGGCUGAAAGUCGAGGCCCAAAAGUGUUACGAGGACGCUCUGAAAGUCCAGCCCGAUUAUUCGGCCGCCCAGGUUGCCCUUUCCCGUUUGGCUGCUUAAUUCGUCACUGCCGAUCAAAGGAUGUCCAUUCCAGUCAUUAUCAUCUCCUCCUUCCUUCUCCCAUUUUCAGAUUGUAACUUAUGUAAUGGAGCUGAAUUUCACCACUAUGGAGUCUGGAUGGAAUUCAACAUUUCAACCACACCACCCUUUGUAGCAAUAAUAAUGCUUCUGCUAUGUGAGAUCAUUAUAUGAAACUUUUUGUUGUACUAUCCGUGUGGCAGUCUAGAUUUUGUUUUCUUGAUGUUAGUCACUACUGCAGUGACCGGAAAUUCUGUGUUAAGAAUGAGCUUAACCAUGGUUUUAGAUUGAGGUUGCUAGCAAACGGGUUGCGGUCAAUGCGGUGUGAAUUUUCGAAACAGCUAAAAUGGUGGCAUGAUGCGGUUCAGGGCGAUGGUAAAACACACCACAACUGUUGGUUGUGCUGCGGACUCAAUUCAAAACCCUUGGUUUAACAAUCCUGUCUAUGCAAGGAUUAAUGAUAGAGAACCAUUUGGGGUUGCCUAUAAUGACCUGGGCUUAUCUUGAAAGGGAAAUGGUUUACACCAUAAGAGUCUUCUAGCAUUUUUCCAAGUAAUUGAUCAUUAUAGUUGUGAUUUGUGAAACAUGGAAACUCUCGAGAAAUAGCAUGUUUCCGUUUCGAAUACGAAACUCUCGAGAAACAACAUUCUCGAGAAAUAGCAUGUCUCCGUUUAGUAAACUAUUUGGAAACUCUCAAAACAGUUGUUUUUUAAUAUAUUUUUUUUGAUGAAUUUUUAAUAUUUUUAUUAAAAGAUGACAUUUGUGUGCAA